GUCUCAUUCAGUUUGAGAAUAUAAGAAGACAGGCAUUUAAUCGAGCAAGGAUACAAUGGCAGCAUGCAAACGACCUCUAAAUUAAGCUCGUCAACGUUAACUUUGUGACCACUAACUCUGUGUAAUUGUGCGUGUAGUGGCCAUUGAAUGACAAAACAAUUAAAGGAUUCAAAAUGAUUACAUUUACAUCUGGAAGACGUUUAAUUUCUGGGGUUUCAGUAUGGAGGUGUCUUCAGCAGAUAACCAGAGCCCCACACUACACAACAUCUCAGCUGUUUCCUUCUCAAGCCUCCUCAGUGUUGAUGUCAUCCAGACUCACUCCCACCAACAGUUUGUUGAGCACCAGCUGGCAUGCCUCACGUCUGUGCCACGGGGACUCAAGAGCCACCUCAGGGAGAGUCGACAGGAAAGACGGCUUCAGUUUGAGGGCCCUCAGCCAGGCUCCUAAACCAGCCCUCUACAUCGGUGUCUCUGGGCUUAUCCCUUUCCUGUCUGCCCCUCUCCUGAUGGCUGCCACACAGACCUUCUACCCGGAAGUGGCGUAUGCUCAGAUGGUCUACGGAGCCUCCAUAGUGUCCUUCCUCGGAGGCGCCCGCUGGGGGUUUGCCAUCCCAGCCGGUAGUCCUGCUAAGCCUGACUGGAUGAACUUGGGCAACAGUGUGGUUCCUGCACUCCUGGCCUGGAUGGCGCUGCUCUGCAGGGACAAUAUAGCAGAGGGAGCUCUGGUGGUUAUUAUGGGAUUGGGCCUGUCUCUGCACUAUGACCUGACCCUGCUGCCGGGCUACCCCUCCUGGUUUAAAGCCAUGCGGACUAUACUCACCCUGAUCGCCACUUUCUCACUGGUGGCUACCCUGACAAUUAAGAAAUUCUGCCCUGAGAAGAAACUUAAAGAGAGUAAGAAAUGACUCAAAAGGGACAGUGUGUACUUUUGAAACCACAUGGACUCAAUAAAACAUUCAAAUUAUGCACAGCUGUGAAGACACUCAGUAAUUAUGUAACUAAGAAAUAGUUUUUUCACUUUUAGGACGAAUGUGAGUGAAAUAUCAUUUAGAAAACAAAUAAGUUGCCAUAUCCAAGCAUAAAACAAGAAAGACUUUGAAAGAAAACAUUUGUAGAAUCACAUUGUUUGUGAAAAGUUAUUAUUAGCCGAAUAGCCGUGCGUACUCUGAUCACGCUUCUUUCUCACUGGUGGCUAGCCUAAAAAUGAGGAAAUGCUGCACUGAGAAAAAGCGGUUCAGAACUGAAUUUACGAGGACAGUUUGUACUCUGAGUCACAUGGACUCAAUAAUAAGUCUGGUCUGAUUUGUUCAUACUGUACAUCAUCCCUGAACAGUAACUCUGUAACAUAUUAAAUAGUUCUAAUAUCUUUUGGGACAAACGUGACAUGUAUACAAGUGUUAUAUCUUACAAAUAAAUGAAUAAAAACAGUUGCAAAA